UGCAUGCAAAAAAGGGUUGUGCAUGCGAAAAAGCGUCGAAAAGCACUGAUUGCCCAUUUUAAUUAAUACUGUCUGUCCGAACUUUUUGCUACUAAUUAUAACAGCAACAGAAGGACUUUUCUCAAUUAAUGACUAGGGCACGCGGGGAAACCCGUACAAAAUAAUCACCAGAAAGACUAGGACCACUUCAAGAAACAACUUUUUCACCAUAGCCACUAUUAAUGACUGGAAUUCACAAACUAUUAUAUCAAGCAACAGUGUUAACACAUUUGAUGAAAAAUUGGAUAUUUUUUGGGCAUCUGAAAUGUAACACAGCGUCUAUUGACUGAGGUUAUGGAAGUCCAAGAAAGAACUGAUCGUCAGAGGCCGAAAUAAAGCCUACAGCUCAGAAAGUACCUGUGAACUGCUAAUGUGUCUUUAUUGGCUUGUGUCACUUAGCAAUUAUGUAGACUCACAAUUGGCGUGCUUCACUUGAGAAAAUUUGCAGAUAGCGGCAUGAAAAUCAAAGAGGAGCCAGGUUCGCCUAUCGAAGAUCGGAAACACCGUAAACAUCGGUAUCAGCAUGAGAAAAUUAAAGAUGAUCCAGAUAUACCUCAGAAGAAACGAAAGCAUAGCAGAACAAGAGAAAAUUCUAACGAUUCAGAGAAGCGAACCCAAACACAUGAAAAGUAUAUCCGUAAGCGUCACAGGUAUUCAAGAUCUCACUCCAAUUCACCCAGUCGGAAAAGUUCACAUAGGAAAGUGAAACGCGAAAGAUCGUUAUCGGAUGGUGAGAUUGCUGAACCCGUUGCCAGUCGGUGGGGAACUGCAUCAGUCGACGAGCCUAUAUAUCGUAACGAUACUGAGUUUUCACAUGAUCGACAAAAUAAUAACAAUAAACCAGAGAAACCGAAAGAAAAGCCUAAUUUGGGUCUAUCUGGAGCAUUGGCAAAGGAGACUAAUAUGUUUAGAGGUGUUUUAAUUAAUUACAGUGAGCCUCCUGAAGCGAAGCCUCCAAAGAAAAGAUGGAGAUUUUACCCUUUUAAAGGAACAGAAGAGUUUAAACCCCUCUACCUGCACAGACAAAGUGCCUACCUGAUUGGCCGAGACCGACACAUUUGCGACUUGCCUCUGCUUCAUCCAUCAAUAUCGAAACAACAUGCAGUACUCCAGUACAGAUCAGUGCCCUACACGAAACCAGACGGAUCCCAGAGUAGAGCUAUCAGACCAUAUAUCAUAGAUCUAAAUUCGCCAAAUGGCACGUUUUUGAAUGGAGUUCAAAUUGAACCUCAAAGGUACUUCGAGCUGAAAGAAAAAGACGUUGUCAAGUUUGCUUUUAGCAGCAGGGAUUACGUUCUACUCCACGAAAAGUCCAAAGACGACGAAGAUGACGAAUAAUUAGACAUUUUUGUACCAAUAUAGACAAGAGAAAAUUGCAAACUGGACUUUAAACAAUGUCUUGUAGCUGAAUUAGUUGAAAACUGAAUACAUUUUUUGAAUUUUU